CUCCAGCAGCAGCAGCAGCAGCAGCAUCUCCCCAGACAGAUGGUCCAGGGUCAGAGAAACCCCUAUCCACAGGUCAACCAGUAUCAAGGAACGCCCCAGGAGAUGGCGGUGAGGAGCCAGGCUCUCCAGAACAUCCGCGCCACCCGCCUCCUCCAACAACAACAACAACAACAACAACAGAACCAGCAGAUGGUCCAGAUGAACCAGGGCAUCCCAGGGGGCUCGGUGGGCCCACAACCCGACAUGGGCCUCCCCUACGGCGGGCAGGGAGCCGGCCAGCAGUCCCUCUACAGCCUCAACCCCUCCAUGAGCCAAAUGAUGCAGCAGCAGCACCAACAGAACCAAAGCGUCCAGGCCUCCAUGGGUCUUCCACCAGGACACAACCCAGCGGCGCAGGCCCAGAGGCAGGCAGGAGGAGGGGUUGGAGGUGGAGGAGGAUACGGAGGACCACAGGGGAUGAUGAUGAACUCAAUGUCCCAGCAGCCCCUCAAGGGCCCGCCCAAAGCCCAGGCCCAGAGGUUGCAGGGCAUGCUGGGAAUUGGAGGAGGAGGACCACAGGGAGGGAUGGGAGGGUGGCCACCCAGCAGGGGCAGUCCCUCCAGGGGAUGGGAGGGCCAGGAGGGGGGGGCUACGGCUCCAUGCAGCCUGGACCGGGACAACAGCCUCCACACCCACGCCUGGCCAAGCAACACUUCCCUGGGCACCCACAGGGACACCCCCCACCCCCAGGCUAUGGGUCAGGGCCAGCCCAUGGACCCCAGGGCUAUGAACCCUGCGGCGGGCAUGGCCGGGCCCAUGAUUGCCCCUCACAUGGCUGGACCAGGACAGCCCAGGACCAACCAGCCCAGACCCAUGGUAAUGCCGGGACAGGGGGUGAUGGGCCAGGGCGUGCCCAACAUGGGGGCGUUUGGACAGGGGCCGGCGAUGGGGGUGGGCCCUGGAGGUGGGGGUGGAGGAGGGUAUGUGGGACAAGGAGGGGUAGGGGUCGGAGGUCAGCCUCAGGGCUACCAGAGGACGUCUAGUCAGGACCUGUCAUCUUAUGGAUACGGGGCGGGCAGGUGGCGCCCGUCGGGCGGGGGGUUCGGAUUGGCCGACGGGACAGGGGCGGACUUGGACUCAAGUGACGGUUGGAUGGAAGAGUUCUUCCCCAACCAAUAG